CCUUUUGCCCCCAUUACGCUCAACCCUACCCAGAAAGAAAAAAAAAAAGUGAAACCCUAAACUAUUACUUUUAGAACCCAUUGCCAAAGUCAAACAUGCCUGUCACAGAAGUCGGAUGUAUGACUGUCAGACCUGGCCUUGACGUCAUGAACGAGACCACACGCGAGGGAAAGAUCGUAACGACUGCUUGGAAGGCCGUCACCAGCGAGAAGACUGGUCCGUAUCGUGUGUCCUGGGGUCUGGAGGAGGAGAACCCCGUGAACUUCUGGGCCUUCUUCGACUUUGCCUCGGUAGAGGAGCACCAGAAAUUCGCUCAAGAGCACGGAUCGGGAAUUGUCAAAGACUUCCCCGAGGUCUUCGACCGCGGUCUGUUCACCAAGCACAUUGACGUCAACCCCUACCCAGCUGCUGCGCUCAAGUCUCCCGUGACGGAGAUCAUGCUGGCCUUCUUCCCAUCGGACGUCUCGGACGAGCUCAAGACCGCCGCCAGUGAUCGUGUCGCCCGGUUUUCUGAGACAAGUCUCAAAAAGUGUGCCGAUGUCCAGGCGGUGAGCUUCGGCUGGGGGGUAGAGAACGACUUCCCCGUGCGCGGAGGGGAGGAGGGCCAGAAGGGCAGCAUGCUGAUAGCUCUCAUCGGGUGGCCGAGCAUUGACGCGCACAUGAAGUACCGGGAGACGGAUCUGUUCAAGGACAGCGUGCCGCUGAUUCGGGGGAUAGAGGGGCUUACGGCGCUAGGCAUGUUCCAUGUCAAGUCCCAGAACAUGGAGAAUGAAGUACGGAAGGUGUGAGGGGGGGGGGGGGAUGAAGUGAAAUUACUCUGCGUGGUUCCAUUCCCAAAAAGGAGAGGGAAAAGGACAAAAGCGCAAAAUGGGGUUGAUGGGAAAUAACUAGUCCCUUAUGCUGCAGAUCAACAUCUUUGGUCUCUCCCUAA